GUUGUGAUCGCGGUGCGACGGAGCCCGGGAGUGUCGAAAAGUGAGGCGGGCGAGUGAGGAAGUGUGAUAGACGAAGAAAAUGACUCGCCAGAGUGGCCAGUGCUCCACGAGGACAGUGCUGUUGACUGUGUCGUUCCUGUUGACUUCCGUGCUGCUGGUGCUGGCGAACGAGGAUGCCGCGACCUUGGAGUACGACGAGCCCCUUCCGGCAGCCUGCGAUCGCCCGCGUGUUGAUUCAGAUGCGCCGGUCGCGGAGCACCGUCAAGGACGCGCGUCCUUGCACGCGGAGAUGCCAUCGUCGAAAGCGAAGCGCGAGCAGGCGCUGCGCAACAUCCUGGCGGCCAGGAGACGGCAGAUCCUGAGCCAACGUUCGCAUGAGCCGCCUCGGAUCCUCUCAGGUCGCACAACGCGACCCACUUCGAAGGACCCGCCGGACGUCCUCGAGACCCAAGAGACCCGGCACAGUGUCCACGUCGCAAGCGCGCGAACAGAAGCCUCAACGUCGGAGGAGGAGACAUCUCAGUCGCCGAAGAAGCCGAGCGAAAAAGUCACGAGCGAUCUCGACUCGACGAAGCCGGAAGUAGAACCACAGGACUCGAAGACGCCGAAGAAUGACAGCUCAUCGUCGCCGACGACAACGACCACCACCACCGAAAGCAACGAAAGCGCCUCCACGACGAGCGCGUCCGCCAACCCGAAGCCGAACGACGCGGACGCUCGCAGGAAGAACACCGUGUCGAUGCCGGAGUCGUUGUACAACCACUUCCGGCCGGUGGAGAGGAACAUCCCGGUCGAGGACAUGUCCCAAUUCCUGUACUUUGGCCAAAAGCUGCAGCCGGACGGUCAGAACGCGACCAGCGCCGGCAACAGCUCCAACUCCGUGGAGACGACGUCGACGGUGCCAAGCUCGCGCCGGAGGUACUCCGCGAAGAGGCUGAGCGCGCUCGCGGCCCCGGUGGAGGAGAUCGUCAACGAAGAGAUGAACAUCGCGCUGGAGCGGCGCACGGUCGAGAAGAACCAGGUGUCCAGGAUGAAGAACACCUACAGGAGCCUGGGCAGCGGACUCUACCACAGGAAAACAAGGCUCACAGACGUCGGAUCCAACGUGAUCCCAGGUAACGAGUCGAGCCUCGCCGGCUCGGACGCGAGGAGCGAGAUCAACGCGGUGGACGACCAGUCCGCUCACGCGGAGUCGCAGCAAGCCACGCGACAGAGAGGAAGCGAUGCCCACAUAGCCGAGUCGAGCGCCGCGCCGACCCAGAUUCCGCUCUCCUCCGCGGACAAUGACGCCGACGUCGCGAGAAGCGAGAUCGGCGCGAAGUCGCUCGCGAAUGAGACGCACGCGGCCGCCGAGAGGAAGAAACCGGGGAGCAUCGCCGAGCUCAAAAUCGAAGAAGAGAAGGGAGGAGCGGGAGGAGAAGGGGCGAGCGAAGACGCGAAGACGGAGGGCGAGACGACGUCGCUCUCGGCGACGACGAUGAAGUCUCGCGACAGCAACAGCAUCGAGACGUCGUCGACGGGCCACGACGACACGACCUCGUCGACGCUGCGGAUCGUCGUGCCGGACGCGAGCUUCGGGCGCAGUUUCGCGAUCGAGAGCGAGCGAGCUCGUCAAGAUACCGUUAAACAACCGGUCGAUCGACCGGUUCGCCUGUCGGCCGCCGGCGAAGCCGCUCCGAAAUCGCCGUCGACGGCGAGCACCGCACCUGCCGUCGUCGCCGACCCGGAUCAUCGUCAGCCGCAGCAGCAGCAACACGUGUACGCUUACACGAUAACCAAUGUGACGCGAUUGUUGCGCAACUACACCGGACCUGGAUCAAGCGGCGAGGAAGGAGCGGGAGCAGGGGGAAGAGGAGGAGGAGACGCAGGUCGUCGUAGUAGUAGCGGUGCCGAGAUAACGAGCGGCGUAGCGUCGCAGCGGCGUCAGCAGCAACAGUCGCAGCUGCAGUCACCGCCGCCGUCGUCUCCUCUUCUGCUUCCUCGUGCCGGCGACGGUAUAGAACCGGCGCGGGCGCUCGCGGGACUCAGUGCCGGCGCGACCGUCGAGCCAGCCGCAGCUGCUGGAGCGUCGCCCAGUGCGCCUGUCGGCCUGGUGGGGGAACGACCGAGGAAAGCAGUCCCGCAAGUGCAGCAGCAACGCGCGACCAGUCAGCGAGCGACCUGGCCCGCGCAUCCAGUCGUCCCGCCGCCGUCACCGACUACCAAGUCCACGGAAACCAGCAGCAGGGGCUCCGUCAGGUGGAGCAGCCCCGGGUCGAGGACGAGCGAUCAGGAGGGUGCGAACGAUCGUAGAUUCCUGAGGAAGAGCGCGAGCGCGGUGCUGAACCAGCGCUCGACCGUCCACGAGGAGGCCUCGUCACCGGCGACGAGCAAGCGUCGCCGAGUGUUGGCUCCCCAGAGCCUCGGCUUCGCCACCUCCCCGACUGGCAGCCGGAGGGUGAAGAACCUGAACGAGCGGACCGAGAGUGCCAAGGGCAGGGUGUUAGUGGCGGACGAUCGAUCGAACGGGACGAGUCGCGGCGGAAGUCCGGACGAUGAGGUGCCGGGGCCUCCUCUUCGGGAAGUCGCGCGCGCCAGCCGGCUGAACGAAGUGCCGCGCGACAGCAGUGCGCAGGAGACCACCGCCACGAUCACCAGCAGCACCGUCACCGCAGCCAUGGUGAACUCCAGCCGCAAUUCGAGCGACGAGGCGGCGGCGGACGCGACCGACUCGUCGGUGGACGCGGCUACGACGGACAAGCCGGAGGUUGUCGCGCGGGAGGACGCCGCGGAUGACGGGGUUGUCGCGACGUCCGGCGAGAUGGAAAGUGACGCGAACGCGACGAGCGGAGAAAUCGCGACGACCGUGGCAAUGGCCGAGCAAAUAAGCGAAGCCAGCACGACGACGACGGCGGCGCCGGUUUUCCCGGUCACGCCUAAGAUACUGGCGGAAGCGGACAAGACCACCGUCGAAGAAACUUCCAGCCCGAAGUCGUCGGACGACACGAAGCCGCCGGAAGCGAGCAACCGGCCGUUCGGCAUCGCCGCCGACCUCGACCCGUCGGAGAUUCAGAAGCGGUACCGAGCCAAGGAGACGACGACCACCACCGUAGCCAGCAGCACGUCGUCGACGGCUGCAACGGUCCCGCCGAGUCAGAACGACACUCGUUCCGCGAGCCCGGCCGCGCACGGCAAGCCGGAAGCACCGACACCUGCGCAGAAAGAGAGCGGAAGGCGCCUAUCCGGCGAGAGAUCGCCGGAAGUGCGGGCGCGCAACCUGUCGGACCAGUCGAAGGACAAGGACGAGGAUGUAUUGCCGAUCAUGCAUCUGUACAACACGUCCGACAUCUUCAACGGCAGCGGGCCGAUGGAAGGGUUCGCCCGCGGCACCGAGCGGCCGCGACUUCCGGUGGGCUCCGACGCGAAGGGCCCCGCUACAACGAAGAAGAGCGAGCCGGUGGAGAUCGGCGGCGGCGCGUCGACCACCGUGCCGAUCCCCAGAACGAGGGAGCCCACCGUCAGUCCGUCGAGCCCCCGGAAGGACAAGCACGAGGAGAGCCGGGAGGACACCAACGGCGCUCCGACGUCCCGAGGUACGUCCUCCGCACCUGCGAACAGGACGAGGUACAGGCCGCCGUAUCACUCGAUCCUGCCGGAGUACAACGGCACGAUGUAUCCCGCCGGGCUCAACAGGACGUUCUUCGAGAUCGGGCCGAUCUCGGUGAGCCCGCGCGAGUCGACGAACAUCAGUGAGGUGAUAUCGAAGCGGCACGACGGCGACGUGAUCGCCACCCAGGAGACGGUCGCCGUGGUCAGCUACAUCCUGGCCACUCUCGUCGUCUUCCCCAUCGCCGUCGGCGUCGGGCUCAUACUCAGAAGACUGAUACUUAGGAAUCGUAAGGUGCUCGAGGAGUCGGACACGUCAUCGGAGAUAAGCUGCAGGAAGGACGCUCUUAAUCUCGAGAAUGGCGACUUCAAGACGUCCAUCGAGAAGGCGAUCACGAAGCUACCGAGGAUACAGCACUUGUGUCACGAAGCUGAGAAACCGCCGCCUCCGUCGACCCAGGAAUCCAGAUGGGAGUUUCCUAGAGAUAAGCUUAGGUUACAGACAGUCCUCGGGCAAGGAAACUUCGGCCAGGUGUGGAAAGCCGAAGCCGACGAUCUGACCGGUCAUCAGGGCACCACUCGAUUGGUGGCGGUGAAAACCGUCAAGGAAGGCGCCUCCGAGCGAGAGAAGGAGGACUUGGUUCGGGAACUCGAGAUCAUGCAGCAACUGGGGAGUCAUCCGAACGUCGUCACGCUUUUGGGCUGCUGCACCGAAGAAGAGCCUCAUUAUCUUAUAUUGGAGUACGUCAUGUACGGCAAGCUGCUGGCGUACCUGCGCGACCACCGCACCAGGCAGUACUUCUACAACUUCAGCGAGGACUCCGCAGCCUUGACGUCCAGGGAUCUCACCGUUUUCGGCUAUUGCGUGGCCAGAGGUAUGGAGUACCUCGCGUCGAAGAAGAUCAUUCACCGUGACCUCGCCGCCAGGAACGUCCUCGUGGACCACAAUAAGCUGUGCAAGAUCGCCGAUUUCGGCAUGUCGAGGUUCGCCAACGAAGACGGCGAGGUGAUCGAGACCAGGCAUGGCAGGAACGCUUUGCCUAUCCGAUGGAUGGCCCCCGAGUCCUUGAUCUAUUCCCUCUUCACGACCAAGACCGACGUCUGGAGCUUCGGGAUCCUCAUGUGGGAGAUCGUCACCUUAGGUUCAACACCGUACCCGGAUAUGACGGCGCGGGAAGUCAUGCGGAACGUGCACAACGGUUACCGGCUGGAGAGGCCUUCGCACUGCCGAAGCGAGCUCUUCAGGGUGAUAUCGCGCUGUUGGCACGCCGAUCCCGACCGCAGGCCAGAAUUCCAGACCCUGCGUAGGGAUCUCGCCCAGCUGCUGGAGGAUAACAUGAAUGGACACUACGUGGACCUCGAGAGCUUCGCUUCCGAGUGCACCGAUUGAGGCAAUCCCGCGGCCCUCGUCGUUGGAUCCCCCUCGACCGCAUCCCCGCGUCGAGACCGCCGUGGGAAAUCGAUUCCGCGCGAGAGACGCCGCGCCGGCUCGACGAUCCACGGAGAGAGAAGGAAAGAGAGAGAGAGAGAGCGACUCUUACGGCACGGGGAGAAUUUACCCGAGCCGAGAAAUCACCUGCGCGCGUUCCCGAGAAAUCGGGCGAUUCCCGGCAGAUUCUCGGGGAUUCUUUAUCCCUUUCGCGUCCGCGCGAACGGUGUCCCUCAGCUCGUCGUCGGGCAUUUCGAGAGACGCGUUGGCGAUUGUACGCCCUUGAAAAUGGAAGCAGAGACGGUAAUUGUCGGUUUUAAAUGAAGAAAGAACGUCGAAUCGUCGUGAUCGACGAACACCGGCGAUCUUCCGCAUGCGAAAUCCGUUCGCGAACUCGAACGCGUCCGAUGUUUUUUCGCGGGCAGCCGUAAAGCGCCGUGACAUUGAUUCAUUUGUGGUAAUGUUCACGAAUUCAUCGUAUGAAUUGACUCUCACUAUCGAUGAACUUCCAUGACGAGCUUCCGCGAAUACCAAUAUAAAGAGAAAAAAAGUUAUUCAUAACUCAAAAAGAGAGAGAUUCACGCCCCGAAGAGGUGCGAAGGAAAUUUGUGAAGACCGCAAGGUAUAAUUAUUUUCUAUUAUUUUGUCAUUUCAUUGUUACAUUUUGAUCUUCCAAUUGUCUCACUAUGUAGAACUAACAGUACUCUUCGGCUCUUCGAUCAUUCGUCUGCUAAGGGGAUGCCAGGACUUGGAAACCUUGCCGACGAUACUGAUAACUUUUUUUUACAAAGUUUACGUCUUAUUGUUGCAUGGAAUUCUGUAUAAGUACUUUUACACAGUGAAAGUGCGUGCGAAAAUGAAUUGGAUGGAGCAUUGCUCAGUAUGUGUAAAUAUUUUUAAGCGGGUUUUAAACUAUCCAAGGAAAUGGUUUAUAGAAAUUAAAUGGCCAAUAGGAGCCGAAAUACGGUUGUUUUAGUACUAUAUUUCAAUAUU